CACUCGGAGUCAUUUCCACUCUCAAAGCCAACCACAUCCGAUCAAAAUCCGUCCUACACAUUUCUCUCUUCAAGUAAAUGGACCAGCACGACGAGCUAUUUUUAUUAAGUGUCGCAAAUUCCCACAACAGUAAUUGGACAGCUUGAUAAAGUUUUUGCAAUAAUAAAUACCAAUAAUAUUUCCUCGGUUUGAUCUGAAAUUUUAUUGGAAGCAUAGGAUCGGAGAAGGAUUAAGUAAAGUAAUCGCAUCUUUUUUGGAGGCAACGUGAGACUAUUUUGUUACUGGGAGUGUUUUGUGGAAUUGAUUAUUUCAUAACGACAUUUAUCUCUACGUUUCUCCUGCCUUGUUAAAUACCAGUAUUCCACCCAGUUGAGUUUUUUCAACGAGUUGACAAUUUCGUACGAGGAAAGUGGGAAGAAAGUGGCAAAAAGUUGUGAAACGACGCGUGAGAAGAAAACUUUUUGUCGAGAGGAAGUAGUCGCAGAAAGAAAUUGGAGGAUUGGACAUGACGAAAUAAAGAGAUUCAUAUUGAUUUUUACGACAUAAUCCUUUUUAAUCUUGUGUUUUUGGGGGGAUUUCACCUUGGGGGAAAGGAACCUUCAACCUGCCCAGAGACGGAGAUAUCUCUUGUUCAUCCAGAUAACCCACAAAGGUCCCUCCAAGUUUAACAGGAUUUGCUUUCUCGGGGAUCUUGUCACCAAGAAGAAUGUUGAACCUUCCAUCCCCUUCUACUCCUCCUCCGCCCGACAGCAAUACCCAGAAUUUGGAAACCUGUGCAAAAAAGUCGGCCCAUUCUUCCCACCAGUGCCGAAUUAUGGAUACGAAUAAUCUUCCGAAACCCUCCCCAGCCUCAAGAAAUAGGAGGAACAAUGGCGUCUUUAGAAGAAGAAACAUGUCACCCUGGUCGUCCUCACCUUUCUCCUCGUCGCCCCUCUGCUUGGGCUCUGUGCUCCUCAUCGUAUCCACUUUUUUGGUCGGAUCUCCCGUUACAUCACUCAACACGAAACCAUCCCCGUCCGCCCUAAAAACGGAGCUUGGAUCCGUUGAAGACACCGAAUUCCAAACGACGUCCGCGUCCGUGACCCCCAUCAAACUCCAAACGAUUUCCUCCUUCUCGGGAGAAAGCUCCACGAUGGAAGUCCUCGGUGUGGACAAGACCAGCACGUCGGCCUCGGCAGGGGGAAAAUUCGACAAAAGUGGGGACUACUUACUCCCCCCAACAGGGAAUGGAUGGCGUGACCAAAUGACAUCUACGCAUUUUCAUCAUGCAGACUCGUUAGAAACGGAGGACCCAAUCCUAGAUUCCAACGACAAGGACAAGAUCGAGUAUGAAUACAAAACGGGUCUUGGGGCUGGUGGGGAUCCCUUAAAAAAUGAGAGUGGGACGCGAGAAGGGCUGCAAGGCGAGGGGAGCAACCAUCAACCCGUCGUCUUUGUGGGGGGGCCGGGCUACGUCCCUCCAAACUCUUUGCGACAAAGGCCGUCUCUCGAGGCGGCGAAUCCCAUCUACCAGACGAGACCCGUCGCCCCGGCCGAGUCCAGAUACCCCGUUCACCACCAGUCCCCCUGGGAUCGCAAUUACAGGAAUCCAUUCAACAUGACCAGAGUUCAACACAUCGAAGCCGAGUGCCAGGACGACUUUAUGAAAAUCCGUGUUGCAUUUAAUGGAUCGUUCCACGGUCUGGUUUACUCCUCAGGUUAUUCCUACGACCCUGACUGCGUCUAUGUUAACGGGACUGGAAGAGACGGAUAUGAAUACUUGAUCAAGCUCAACCGUUGCGGAACUUUGGGGGCCAGCAAUCACGCGGAGGGCAGAAAAGAGCCGUCGAAAAAUUUUAUGUGGAAUACGGUCACAGUUCAGUACAAUCCAAUGAUUGAGGAGGAAUGGGACGAACAUUUUAAGGUCACUUGCGAAUAUGGAUAUGAUUUCUGGAAAACGGUGACAUUUCCCUUCCUGGAUGUCGAAGUGGCGACAGGAAACCCAGUCGUAUUUACUCUUACUCCGCCCGAAUGCUACAUGGAAAUUCGGUACGGGUUUGGAACUAGUGGAACCCGGGUGGGCGGUCCUGUUCGCGUCGGAGAUCCGCUCACCUUGAUGAUCUACAUGAGAUCGCAGUACGACGGUUUCGACAUUGUUGUCAACGACUGUUACGCGCAUAACGGGGCUACCAAGAAGAUUCAGCUCAUCGACCAUUACGGGUGCCCUGUGGACAGCAAAUUGAUGUCGCCCUUCCGAGGGACGUGGUCUCACACGGGAGUUUAUGAAACACAAGUGUUUGCUUAUCUUAAAACGUUCCGAUUCACUGGGUCACCAGCUCUCUACAUUGAAUGUGAUGUUCGCAUGUGUCAUGGGCAGUGUCCGAGCCAACCAUGCUACUGGCGAAAUGUGAAAAGCGUUAGGAAACGUUCCGUAGACGAGUACGGGAUAGAAUCUGACGACAAGGAUCGGAAUUCGACGCUGUCAGAAAAUCUGAGUUUAUUCCAAGCACUGCGAGUUUUACAAGAGGACGAAGAACCGGAAGCUACCCGAUCCGAGUUUAAUGAUCAUGAAAGCGUGUGUGUAAAAACGGGGACUUUCACUGCAAUGAUUGGUCUGAGCACUCUGAUUCUCAUACUUCUCACCAUUUCCACCAUGAUCAUGUGUUUCCGGAUGAGGCGAGUCAAGUCGUUGGACGACUCGUUGGACGUGGCUGAUAUUCUGCGUCCAUAUUCUCAUCACGCUGCCACCCCAAGUCCGAGAUGGGCGUCCCCAACGUCAUCCCCCAUGCCACCAAUUAUGGGAAAGCGAUGAUGAAGACGGUCCCCAGUAGUUUUUCAUAAUAUGCCGAGUAAAUAAUCAAAAGAGUAAAAAUAAUCCAUAGUUUUUUAAGAGCGUCUACUAGUAAAGCGGAAAUCCUUGUACGAUGUGACCUUAAUCGUAAUUUACAUAAUUUGGUUAUUAUUCCAAGCUGGUAGAUUUUAUUUGAUUAUUUGCUAUCGAUUGCAAUAUGUUAAACUUGUGAUGAUUCCAAAAAUGGAUAGAAAACAUGAUUUUAGUAAGAUUAGUUCCUUCGCGGAACAAUUGUACCAGUAGAAAAGCAAUUACUUUUACAAAGUCAGUGAAAUGUUUUGCAUAUACAAAAAAUGCUUUUCAUUUCGUACCAGCCUUUCGAAUUACAUUAUUUAGGAUACAUACAUUCAAAUUUGGGGUUUUAAUUUAGCUAAUUUAAUCUAGCUUUAGUAUAAUCAAGUAAAACAGGGAUUAGUUAAUUUCAUUGUAAAUAAUAAUAUGAAGUAUACAUAAGUUAUAGUUUUGUAAAUUUUUCGCUAAUUCAUCACAGUGCCAAAUAUACCUAAUUUUAAGCUGGGAAUGGAAUAGUGUGGUUUAUAUUUACGGAUGGUUAUGGAUUUCUAAAAUAUUUGGGUUGUUCUUAUGGUGGUUGGUUAGUCGUUUUUAUCAUGUGCUUGUAAUAAAUAGUUUGGUAGGCUAAAUGUAAGGUUUAGGUAAGGUAUCAGUAAACUAAUAUAGAAACUGUAAUAAUGGGGUUGGGAUUUAUAAAAUUUGGGAAUAUAUACAAACGGUUAUUUUAGUUUAGUUAAUCCAUACGCUGAAUUACAGUAAUAUUAUGAUAUGAUAGAAUUUAGAGUGAUGAUGAAUAGUAUGACUUCCUGAUAUUUAUACGUACCAAGACGGUGAUAUACUUACCAAAAUUUCGUUUCAUUACAUGAAAAUGGACUUUUCACAAAAUGAUAAAAUUAUAGUGUCGCUAGCCAGUUUUUCAUAGAUUAUGCAUAGUUAGUUACCAUUUAUUAAGAGUAAGCCUCGUCUUGUCUUGUACCGGUGUGUGUAUUAAAAUAAAGAAGCAAUAAAAAUCAAAUAUCUCAAA